AUGAAGCGGAAGCUUUCUUCUUACCUCUCAUCUCCACCUCCAGAACUUGCCUCCCCAAAGCCUCCCGCUGAAGAUCUACAGCAAGUACAGUUUCCCAAAGCCGAAAGCCCGCCAGUCGUCGAGCUGCAAGAGCAGGACACUCAGGAAGCGUCCGAUGAGCAACUGAGCGCAAAAAUAGAGUACAAUGGUCGCGGAAGAUCACCAUACAAGACUCCCGUCACUGCAGUCAUCGACCAGCUUAAGAAGGACGUCCGUCGCCUAGAGCACUUUGACAGGGCGUUGGCACAACAGAGGCUACAAUACAGACGCUCAAAGAGAGAGAAAGAGAAGGAGUACGCUUCGAACUGGUAUGCAUUACAAGACAUGGGCAAGUCUGAGGGACAAAAAACGGCCAAGUCGGGGGAGCAAAACUCGAGCAAAUACAGGGAGCAAAACCCUUUGGCGAAUAAGCCCAAACUAGGGCCAACGCCAGCUACUCCAGCUACUGGGAGAUCCAUCAGCCCGGAGAAGCUCCUAGAGAAGCUGCAGACAUGCAAACCGCAAAUCAUACGGGAAGAGUUCCGCCUGCUUUCAGGGCAGCCGCGGGAAGCGGUGAAAGAGGUUUGUCAAUUCCUACUGCAGGGUACCCGUUUCGGUUUCAUCCCAACCAAGUUCAAGGUAACUUCUGCCACUUCACAACUUCUCGGAGGGACUUAUCGAUUGCAGGAAAUCAUUCAAGACGAAGAGUUUGAGGUUGGAGAUCAUGCAUUUGGGGAAAUGGAGGACCUCAAAGCCAACAGCCUCAACAAGAUGGCGACCAAAAUCAAGACAGAAGCCUCGAUCUGUGAGUCCCAGAAUCGGGACGAAAAUGCUUGGUGUGAUGAGGUUGUACGCCGCCUGUUGAAAUGGGAGCCACAUAGCCCCGACCAGCCCCGCUUUACCAGGAUUGAAAACAUCCAAUCCCAAAUGAUCAACGAGGCGUGCCUUCCCAUGAACGCCGGAGUCACAGUCGAGUCAAAAAAGGCCGACUUUGCGCUGGCCAUUUCUCCAGAUCACCCAGACAAUGCCACCCAGUACCAUGCCUUGAACAGCGUGGAUGUAGUCGAGCACUUUACUCUCUCGCAAAUGAACGACACUUGUACGAGCAAACUCGUACUGUACGCCGGCAUCGAAGUCAAGAAAGCAAGCGGGGACAAGACAAAGGCUUUGGCGCAACUCAUCACCUGGCUUGCAGCAGGAAUCAUGAAAAGGCGAAAGUUGUUGAGCAAGGCGAACGAGAGCAGCCCAACGUCACCAUCCGCUAAGCAUGCUUCCACCACACCUCCCUUGAUUGGGUUCCUGGUGCAUGGGCACACCUGGGAGUUAUUCAUGGCCAUCGGCAUCGGUAACAAUGUUGAUGACAAGAUUACCAUCCUCGGGCCAUUACGGAGUCUUACGUUCACAACGUGUGACUACAGCGGAUGCUUCAGCCUAUUACGGCUGAUGGAGAAUGUGAAGAACUGGGCACAGACAAAAUACUGGGAAUGGUAUGUUCCUGCGAUUAUCGAAUCCCUGAAGGGGGCGGAGAAGAGCAUUGCGGAAAUCAUGGAAGACAAUGACAUGUCCGAUGGAGAUGACGCUUGA